CCAACUAGAAGAGUAAAUGGCUUCCUCUCCUUUGAGACUAAAAUCCCAUCGCCAUGCUCGUUCUGUCAGCUUGCCCUCUAGAUCUCAUCCACUCAUCCCUCUAGUUGAUGAGCAUUUGUGCAGAAUAAAGGCUUCUGAAGCUGCCUCUUCACCAGUAGGGGAGAGACUAAGUAUCCUCCUAGAUAUGUACAGUUGUUUGGAUGAUUUGCUUCUUUUGCCACACACACAAGAAGCCUUGGCCAAACAAAACCGUGAGAAAUGGGUUGAGGUGGUGCUAGACGGGUACCUGAACCUGUUGGAUGUGUGUGGCACAGCUAAGGACGUCUCCUCACAAGCAAAGCAAGAUGCACAGGACCUUCUCUCUAUCAUUCGGAGGAAAAGGGACGCAAAUGAGUUGGGUGGAUACUCAGCCUCAAGAAAGAGGGUAAAGAAGCUGAUCCAAAAGUCUCUGAGGGACUUGAAGAAUAUCAGGAGCAAGCACACCAUCCUCGCUUCAGACAAAUACCAUGAGACCAUGGCGAUUUGUGCCCUGUUAAAUGAUGUUGAGGCAGCUACUUUGGCCGUGAUGGAGUCUUUGUUGUCCUACAUGGCAGGGGCAAAGGCGCAGUCAAGAUUUUCUUUGGUUUCCAAACUGUUGCACAGCAAGACUGUAGAAGCUCAAGAUGAAGAAACAGGCACAAAUGAGUUUGAUAAAGUCGACAUCGCAUUAUGCUUGCUUAGUGGUCACAAGAGUAGCAGAUCUUCCGGCGCAAUGUCCCUUGAAAAUCUGCAAAUUGACUUGCAAAGGAUGGAGAUGAGCAUUCAAGAACUUGAAGGAGGACUAGAGUGCUUGUUCAGGAGGUUAAUCAAAACUAGAGUUUCCCUCCUCAACAUUCUCAACCACUAGCCAAGAAAAUCAUCAUACAAUUUCAUGGAAAUCCCACAAUUUUGUAACUUGGACAGAACCUACUAAUUUGGAGAGUCCAUACUUGUACAUCAGAAACACUACCGUAUCUAUAAA